AGCUGCUGCUUUUGCAACAGCUAAUGGGGAUCCUAAUAAAAUACCAAAUACCAAAUCGUCGUUGGACGCUAACUACCAAAAAUCACCGAUAGCCUAUCCUUACCCAAUAGAUCAUGCAAUGUUUCAAUGCAAUGUUGGCGGCCUGGAACGUACCGUAUCUCUAUGUGCGCAAGACGCGGUGACGCCACGCCAGUAAUCCCAGCAACACCAGGAAUUACAGGAGAGGACAGGGAACAGACAGAAAACAACCGACUGCUUAUUUUACCAAGAGAAAAUGAAGGUUUCUGAAAACAACAAUUGAUUAAGAUGACGGAGGAGGGGACAGAGUGGUUGAUAGAUCUGUUAACAGACGUUCAGCUGCAGCAGUACUUCCUGCGUGUCCGUGACGAGUUGAACGUGACCCGCCUGUCACACUUCGACUACGUCAAGAAUGAAGACCUGGAGAAGAUUGGCAUGGGGAGGCCAGGCCAGAGGAGGCUUUGGGAGGCAGUCAAGAGGAGGAGAGCUCUCUGUAAACGCAAAUCCUGGAUGAGCAAGGUACAGCACACACAGGUAUUUCCAGGGAAAAGACCUGACUCUGACUCCGACCCACAGCAGCCCCGGGGGGCAUCGCCCACCUUGAUGACUCCAGGCUUAACCCCGUCCAGUGAUGGGCCGUCGUCGGGGGCAGCCCUGACCUGUCUGAUCCGGGAGGCAGAGCUUCAGCUGUGUGAACGACUGGGAGACGGGACCUUUGGAGUCGUCAGGAGAGGAGAGUGGACCGGACCGACUGGACAAGUGCUGUCAGUAGCAGUGAAGUGUCUGAAGACAGACAGUGUGUUGGACACUGAGGGGUUGGAUGAUUUCAUCAGAGAGGUGAACGCCAUGCACUCCCUCAACCACCAGAACCUCAUACGGCUCUACGGAGUGGUGCUCACUCACCCCAUGAAGAUGGUGACAGAGCUGGCUCCUCUUGGUUCUCUGUUGGAUCGUCUGAGGAAGCGACAGGGACACAUCCUCAUCUCCUCUCUGUGUGGCUACGCUGUACAGGUGGCGUGUGGCAUGGCAUAUCUAGAACAGAGGCGGUUCCUCCACAGAGACCUGGCUGCAAGGAACGUCUUGCUGUCGACCAAUGAAAUGGUGAAGAUCGGUGACUUUGGCCUGAUGAGGGCGCUGCCGUCACACCAGGAUACAUAUGUGAUGGAGGAGAGUCACAAGGUGCCCUUCGCAUGGUGCGCUCCAGAGUCAUUGAGGAGCAGAAGUUUCUCUCAUGCUUCAGACACCUGGAUGUUUGGAGUCACUCUGUGGGAGAUGUUUACACACGGACAGGAGCCAUGGCUAGGACUCAAUGGCAGCCAGAUUCUCCAUAAGGUGGAUGUGGAGGGGGAGAGGCUGGUGAAGCCAGAAGACUGUCCCCAGGAUGUUUACAACAUGAUGCUGCAGACCUGGAGCCCUCAGCCUGAUGACAGACCAACAUUCACCGCCCUCAGAGACUUUCUAUUGGAGACCAUGCCUACAGACAUGAAAGCGCUGCAGGACUUUGAGGAACCGGACAAACUCCAGAUCAUCAUUAAUGACAUCAUCACCAUCAUCGAGGGCAGAGCAGAACUCUAUUGGUGGAGAGGUCAGAACAGAAGGACGUUACGUGUGGGACAGUUUCCUCGCCACGUGGUCACGUCGGUCAGCGGCCUGUCGGCCCAAGACAUCAGCAGACCCCUCACACACUCCUUCAUUCACACUGGACACGGAGACACUGACCCACACAGGAGUUGGGGGCACGCUGACCGCAUAGACAGCUUGUACUUGGGAAACCCCAUGGACCCCCCUGAUGUUAUGGGAAUGGAUCCUUCCACUGCCCGGCCCACCAAACUACCCAACCGCACCAGGAAGCAGCCUCCCCCUCGUCCUCCCCAGCCUGCUGUCUUGAUCCAGCAGCCGUUCUAUGACUCUGUGUUAGAUGAUGAUGAUGAAUAUGAAGGUGCUUCGUCGGGGCUGAAAAAACUGGGUGUGGCUAUGGGCCUUAAACUCCGCCCGUGGGAGGGGCCAGGUGUAAGGUCAGCCAAAAGCGAGGUCUCGCUCAUCGACUUCACCGAUGACAGCUUUAGCUCGGCCACGCCCUCCCCUCUAACUGAGACAUGCCUACCUGACCAGGACACACUCAAGGACCUUCCUUCCAUCCUAGACUGGCCCCUCCCUCUUCCUGCCUAUGACGAGGUUGCCACUGAGGCUGAGGGCCAAUUGGCAGACAUGGAGGUUAGAUCUAUCACUGGGUUGGCUGAGGGGAUUUUGGCUCCGCCCAGCACUGAUGCAGAGUGGAGGGGCUUAACACAGUCAGCUGAUCUGUUCCAGGAGCUGCAGAGAGAGGUGAUGGUGAAACUGCGUGUUCCCAUGACAGCCGGCCGCUCCCUCCCCUCCUCCCCCCUCCCCCUCUCCCUGGCCCCCCCGGCCCCUCACAGACAGAUCUACCUUCCUCCCCCCUCCUCCUCUUCUUCCUAUGAGGACAGACCCAUGCUACCUCCACGCUCCCCCAUCCCACCCCUCCGCUCCUCCAAACACAUUUCCCUAGGUGAGAGGGAUGACACGCCCCCUCAGAUCCCUCCCAGAGACCACGCCUUUUCUCAACCCUCCUCACGCUCCGCCUCCCCCCUUCCUUUAGUUCCUCCCCUCUCUGUCUCCCCUCUCUCCUCCUCCCCCCUUUGUCUCCCCCCCCCUCCCCUCUCCGUCUCCCCUCGUCAGAGGACAGGGCUGUAUGGUGUUGUUGGUCCUCUCGGCUCUCUAGUCUCCUCCUCCCCCUCUUCCUCUCCUCCCUCCUCCCUCUAUUCCUCCAGGCUCACUGCUGCCCCUCCUCCCAGCGCUUCAUUGGAUCCCCUUAUUGACAGCUCUCAGAGUUCUGAACGCCCCGCCUACCUGGAGAGAUAUGGAGCUGCCAAAAUGGCCACUGUCCGACCCAUGAUGAAACAGCAACCAGGCGGGGGUGGGGCAAGGCCUAACACCUCUUUCAACAACAACAACCACAGGACUCAACAUUUAACUACAGCUCCCAGCAGGCAACGGGAGAACAGCCUCAUUCAGGUGCAGGGGGCAGUGCAUGGUGUGACAGCAGAGGAGUGUGAAGUGGCUCUGGAGACUCACAGCUGGAACAUCCCUCAGGCAAUAUGCCAACUAAAGGUAGAACAGUUGUUUCGCCUGGGUCUGCGUUCUAGAUCAGAGUGCCAGGUGGUUCUAGAGCGUUGCCAGUGGAACCUAGAACAGGCAAGCAUCCUGCUCUGGACUCUUAUGGGAAAGUAGGCUGAGACAGACUCCAGAACUACUGACCUUUAACCCCACAGACCUAAACCUACAGACAGGAAACCACAGGCAUUCCCCUAUAAUUACAGACAUUUAACCCUACAGACCUAAACCUACAGACAGGAAACUACCGACAUUACCCUAUAAUUACAGACCUUUAACCACAGACCUAAACCUACAAACUGGAAACUACAGACACUUCCCUGUAAUUACAGACAUUUAACCCUACAGACAUAAACCUACAGACAGAAAGCUACAGACAUUUUCCUAUAAUUGCAGACAUUUAACCACAGACCUAAACCUAAAGACCGGAAACUACAGACAUGUCCCUAUAAUUACAGACAUUUAACCCUACAGACCUAAACCUACAAACUUGAAACUUCCAUCACUUCCCUAUAAUUACAUACCUUUAACCACUGACCUAAACCUACAGACAGGCAACUACAGUCAUCUUCCUUAUAAUUACAGACCUUUAACCACAGACCUAAACCUACAGACCAGCCCAGCUGUGUACUAGAGAACUCUGACAAUCAGGUGAAGCUAGUAACAUUAGCUGACUGAGGGCGUGCCAUAGAAAUAUACUUCAUAGAACAGACAUGGCUGAGUCCUACGAAGGGAAACACUGGACAAGCACACGACUGCAUGCUCAGUAGUUAAGUUAUUAUAUAGUUAUAUUAUUUAGUUAUUAAUCAUAUAUAUAUAUAUCAUUGUUAGUAUUACACAGUCGCUCACAGGGUCAAAUAUGAAGUCUGAAUAUUUAUUGUUUGGAUGUCUAGGGAUUAUUUAUGUUGCUGUAAUGACUUCAUGCGUGUGUGUGUGUGUUUGUGUGUGUGUGUGUGUGUGUAAAUACCUGCUGUAAAUGCUGCUGAUUGUACUGGUGAUGAUCUGCUGUGAUCAGGGAUAUUAACCACAUUCUGCUGUACCGGUAGCACUUUACAUGACUUCAACACUGAGUCCACAUGUAGUGUCCUGCACGGACGUAACGUGUCAUUGUAAAGUAGGAUGAUGUUGUUGUAUUGUAGAUAAUGUACUAUUGUAAUGUUAAUAUUACAUGUGUGUGUGUGUGUGUCUGUGUGUGUGUGUGUGUGUGUGUGUGUGUGUGUGUGUGUGUGUGUGUGUGUGUGUGUGUGUGUGUGUGUGUGUGUGUGUGUGUGUGUGUGUGUGUGUGUGUGUGUGUGUGUGUGUGCUUGCAUGGGUGUGAGAGUGUGUGUGUGUGUGUGUGUGUGUGCGUGUGCGUGCGUGCUGGCUCUUGCUGGUAGUGCUAUAAACUGAUGGUAGUAAUAUUGGCUGGAGGACAACAGAUCUGUAAUAUAACACGUCUGAUAUUUUGUAAUAAACUGAUUUUUGGAUCAACUCUGGAUUAUA